UCACCAUCUGCGUGUUACUCUCGUUUCGAGUCUAUCUCAAGCCUCUCUUUUCUCUUCGACGUCGUCGGUCACCCCCCUGGUCCUUUUCUACGCGAAAUAGACUUUCGCUCAUUGAUACCCGCAUUGCUUAUUGCAUACGUCCACUCUUUCGACAGCAACGAAGUAUAUACUCUGCGAGAUCAGACUAGAACAACUUUUGUCAAGCACAUCUAGACAAUCGUAAACCGCAAAUAAAUAUCAAGAUGAAGUCCGCAACUGUAGCUUUCGGCCUCUUCGCCGGUAUGGCCUCGGCUUCUUACCACCAACCCCGUCAUUUCCACUGGCGACGAAAUGAUACCGCUUCCGGGUACCCUGUGGAAUCCUCAACCCCCGUGGACGCUUCAACUACCCUAACCGUCGCCAUUACCACCGUCCACACCAUUACCUCGUGUGCUCCUACUGUGACGAACUGCCCGGCCGCCACUGGCAACGGCAACAGCACCGGCCCCGCCGUCGUCACCGAGGUCAUCGACCUUACUACCACCGUCUGCCCCGUGACUGCUAUCGAGUCUGUUUCCAGUUCUCUAGUUGGUGCUCACAGCAGCGGUCUCAUCUCCGGCUCCACCCGCACCGUCACUUCUACUCCCGCCCCUACCAGCACCACCAGCGGCAACUCUCCUGAGGCUACCCAGCCCAGCGUUGGUGCCGGUGUUUCUGUAGUCCCUUCUCUCAGCACCGUUGACCAGACCGUCAGCAUCACUGUCGGCCCUGAGAGCUCUCGAUCCGUUCUGGUCACUACCCUAAAGUCCACUCUCACUCAGAUGGUUACCCUUACUGCUGUUCCUAUCCCCGAAUCUAGCUCGGCCAGCGGUAACGGCAAUGGUAACGGCUCUGGCUCUGGCUCUGCCUCCGAUGUGAGCAGCGAGGCUACUACCACCACGACCCGCACUUCCACUGGUACUCGCACUGUCACCGUUACUCCUGUCGAGACCACUACUGCCGUCGCGGCUGAGACUGGCUCUGGUAACGGUUCCGGCAGCGUCAGCGCCAGCGCCAGCGCCAGCGGCAACGGCAACGGCAACGGCAGCGGCAGCGGCAGCAGCGCUGGUGAGUGUGUUGCCACCACUGUUACCGUCACCGAGACCCAACCCGCCAGCACCGUUUACAUCACCGCCCCUGCUGCUGAGACCACUGCUGUUGAGGCCGUCACCGAGUCUGCCUCUGCCUCUACCCCUGUCUCUGCCUCCGAGUCUGCUGCUGCUACCACUAGCACCCCCUCGACCGGCAGCGGUGAGGGUGAAGGCGAGGGCGAUGAUGAGGAUGAGUGCACUCCUGAGGAGAGCGAGACUGGUGUCGUUACUGCUACUGCCACCGCCAUUGUCGUCCCCUACCCUACUGGCAGCGGUAACGGAACUGCACCUGUCUUCCCUACUGGUUCCGCACCCAGUGUUCCCAUUGGUACUGGCUCUGCGCCUAGUGUCCCCAUCGGCACUGGCUCUGCCCCCAGUUACCCAACCGGCACUGCCAUCCCCACCGUCGUCCUCCGGUAAAUCGAUUAAAAAAAUCGA